UAUGUAGUGACAGCGAGGUUCACGGGUUACUUGCUGAGUUUUCUCACAUGUGAAACGUGAACAUUCCAAGUUAUGCGCUAUUUAUGUGACGAACUUCAUAUUUAUUGUUACAUAUCGUAUCACUGUUUGUCACAAUGCAAAGAUUCGUUCAAGUUACUUUGAAACGAUUUUUAAAUUGCAAAUGCUCACGACACCUAUCCAUGUCGUGUCUCCGACUACCUAACGGAAUCAAGUCGAAUAAGUUACAGGGCGAGUGCAGCAUUUCGUUAACAUAUAAAAUAAAUCCAAUCCACCUGACGAUAUCUAAUUCUCCAUGGACAAUAAGACACAGAUUCUACUAUGCUGACCCAGGAGUACGUGGUGCACCUCAAAGAGGUACGAAGAAUAACCGAAAGUCAAAGAAAUACACCUCCGUAGAACCAGAGACUGAGGAAGAAUUCGUUUUUCUGGACUACUCGGAACCAGAAGAACCCAGAGAACUUGAGCUUCCUUUGGAGAUAUCUGCGCAAGUGGAUACUGCAAUGGCCAUUGAUAAAAAGGUGCGAAAGAUAAGCAGUACCGAGGUGAGUCAUAGGGCACUGGAAGUACAGUUGCAGUCAAUUAAGGACGUAAUUAGAGAAGAUCCAGACAUUGAGUUUCAUGAUGCUGGUUACUCUCAUGUAAAGUCAACAAGGACCAACCCUAGCAAGCACCGAGUGUACGGCACACCAGAUCCAGAGGUACCCGUAAGUAGUACAUGCUGCUCUGGGUGCGGUGCUGUGAUGCACUGCACGGUCCCAGAUUUACCUGGUUAUCUGCCCAGCGAAAAAUACAAACGUUUAUCCGAGGAAAAUACACUGGACAAAGCGAUUUGUCAGCGCUGUUUCUUACUGGUGCACCACCAAAAGGCGUUAAGUGUGCAAAUGAAAAAGGAGGAGUAUCGCAGUAUUGUUAGCCGUAUACGGAAUGAGAAGGCUUUAGUAUUGUUGAUUGUGGAUCUCAUGGAUGUCCCGGAUUCUAUUAUACCGGAUCUGAUUGAUUUGGUAGGGGAAAGAAAACAUAUUGUGGUGCUAGGAAAUAAAAUUGACUUGCUGCCGGGGGACUCUGAUAACUACUUAAAACGAAUCAAGGCUCAGCUUUUGCAGUACUGCACAGACUUCGGCAUUUCCCCCGGCAACAGCAUAAAAGAUGUCCAUCUCAUAAGUGCCAAAACAGGCUAUGGCGUUGAGAAUCUCAUAUCAAGCCUUCAGUCGUCUUGGAAGUAUAAAGGAGAUGUUUAUUUGGUGGGGACCGCCAACGCUGGGAAGUCUACGCUGUUCAACACGUUGCUGGAAUCUGACUAUUGCAAAUCUAAGGGGUCGGAUGUGAUUCACAAAGCCACGAUAUCUCCUUGGCCAGGAACAACAUUGAACCUGUUGAAGUUUCCCAUCAUAAAUCCCACUCCGUACCGCAUGUUCAGACGGCAUGAGAGGCUGAGGAGCAGCGCGACUGCAGGGGAGGUGGUGAUGAAUCCGCAGGAGAUGCAGAAACUGCAGCAGCUCAGCAAGCAAGGGUACUUAGUAGGCCAUGUGGGCAGAACCUUCCGGCAAGACGCGCAGAAACGGCUACAUGCCGGCAUCGUGGAAUUUGAUCCCGAGGAACUCAGCUAUGGAGGAGCCGAAGGGGACUUUGAGGGGAAGGUGAUCAGACCACAAUCCUGUGACCCAGUGGAGUUCACCCACAACGAGCUCAAAGAUGCCCAUUGGCUGUAUGACACACCAGGCAUCAUGAAAGAGUGUGAUAUUCUCAGCCUGCUAAAUGAAUAUGAGCUGAAGAUGGUAGUGCCCACUCAUGCCAUUGUGCCAAGGACCUUUGUCUUGAAGCCUGGCACGGUGCUGUUUCUGGGAGCACUGGCACGGAUCGAUUAUCUAGAGGGUGAAACAUCCUGUUGGUUCUCUGUCAUUGUUUCCAAUCUGAUCCCAGUUCACAUCACUAGUCUGGAGAAAGCAGACGACAUCUACCACAAGCAUGCUGGGAAAACACUACUCAGGGUACCAACUGGAGGAGAGGAACGGAUGAAGGGGUUUCCACCACUCAUUCCACAUGACUUUGAGAUGAGGGGGCGGGGCAAUCAGGAGGCCACAGCUGACAUCAAGGUCUCCUCUGCAGGUUGGGUGGCUGUGACAGGCCAAGAUGGUGACCAGCUCCACAUCCGGGUUCAUGCACCGGAGGGGGUUGGACUGUCUCUGAGGGCACCCCCAUUACUCCCCCACAUUGUCAACAUUAAGGGGGAGCGCAUCCGCAAGACCCCUGCCUACAAACCCAAGAAGCCCCGACCCCUGGUGGACAAGAGCCUAUCAGCAGAAGGGGCAGAACGUUUGAAGUUUAGAAAGAAGUAGGGGACAUGUUACAUGAACGCGCAAGAAAUCAUCUUGGAAUUUAACUGGGUCUUUCAAUUAUGGUGUUUUCAUCCAUCCAUAUUCUAUGUCCGCCUCUGUAGUAUAAGGUCAUGGGAAGUCUAUAGGUUAUCCCAGGAGGCACUGGGAUAUCAUGGAUGGGACACUAGUGCAUCACUUGGUAAUAUGAAUGUGGAACAUCUGAGAGGCUUAUUUCUCCACGCAUUGAAGUUCAUGUACCAGAAAUGACAGGUAAUACAUAUGGCUGUUACUCUAAAUGGGGGGGAGGUUAAUAUUACUACUCCUACUGUUGUUCACUGUUUAAUUGUAUAUGGCCAUACGAAUGGACAUUGCAUAUGGAAUGUAUACCUGGAGGAAGGAAUCUUUGUACUGAUACCAAAAUUAAUGCUCAGUUCAUUUUUCCAAAUGGUCAAGAAUGUAACAAGAUUUUUUUUAAGCCAAAACAUUUUAUUUUUUUGAGACUGCAUUUUAUAGUAAGAAUAUCUGUUUUCUUUGUCAAUUACAAUUUUGGCUUGAGAAAAAAAAAGAUAAACCUAA